GUCUGCGGACGUGGCGGCGACGCACGGCCCGGAAGGCGUUGACGUUGACGGCGGCGGACGACCAGGGGCUUGAGCGAACCUGGAGGCUCGGACAUGAGUUUCUCCGAGACGGCUGCGGCGGAGGGCGACGUGGCCGGCGUCUCCUCGUGCCCUCCUCCCUGCUAGUUGGACAGAUUUUGACAUGGCCGGGAGGCAUCAGAACCGUAGUUUCCCGCUGCCAGGAGUUCAUUCAGGUGGUCAAGUACACACGUUUGGAAAUUGUACAGAUAGCGAUGUGUUGGAAGAGGAUGCUGAAGUGUAUGAACUUCGAUCCAGAGGAAAAGAGAAAAUCCGAAGAAGUACCUCAAGAGAUAGACUUGAUGACAUUAUAGUAUUAACAAAAGACAUACAGGAAGGAGACACUUUAAACGCAAUAGCCCUUCAGUACUGUUGUACGGUAGCAGAUAUCAAAAGGGUUAACAAUCUCAUCAGUGAUCAAGACUUUUUUGCUCUCAGGUCUGUCAAAAUUCCAGUUAAAAAGUUCAGUUCAUUGACUGAAACACUUUAUCCUCCAAAAGGAAAACAGACUUCACGGUCCUCAUUUGUUCAGUAUGUUCCCGAACAACAAAUUUUGUCAACAAAUGAGUCUUUUUCUUCUAGUGAGUCAGCAGGCAGCUUUUUAAAAGAAGUUGACCGAGACAUAGAAGAAAUAGUAAAAUGUACAGACACCAAAAGGGAGAACCUUAAUGAAGUGGUGUCUGCCUUAACAGCACAACAAGUGCGUUUUGAACCUGAUAACAGAAGCAUUCAACGUAAGGAUCCUUAUUACGGAGCCGACUGGGGGAUAGGGUGGUGGACAGCUGUAGUGAUAAUGCUGAUCGUAGGUAUAAUCACGCCAGUAUUUUACUUGCUGUAUUAUGAAAUUUUAGCUAAAGUGGAUGUUAGUCACCACUCCACAGUGGAUUCUUCACAUAUGCAUUCAGGAAUCACAGCCCCAUCACAGCAGCGAGAAAUGGAAAAUGGAAUCACUCCAACUAAAGGAAUAUCCUUUGACCCACAGAGUGAUCAUAAACCACAUAGUCAAGAUCCUCAGUUACCUGCGGCUCAGCACAAAACGUAGCAUUUACCUCACAACCAGUAUUAAUCACAUGCACAUCUGGAAUGUGAUGAACUCAACAUUCAGUAACCACUUCGAAGGCAGGAUUUAGGGAGAUCAUACUUGCUUUGCUUUCACCCUUUGGAGCCAUUUACAAAUAGAAUUGAGUUUAAGUCCCCCGAGGUGGCUACUGUUGAGAAUGGGAUAACUAUCUUGUCUCAGUGCUUAAAGCAGAAAUGAAUUUAAAUGAGUUUUGGAAGCUUGGCAGAUGUGUUACUUUUCUUAUUCCAGUCUGGCUAUGUUUAAAUUUUAUUUCUUCAAUAAUUAUUUUUUGAUCUAAGUUUAUUAAUGUUCAGUUGACUAAACAAAUAAUAAUAGCAUCAGCUGUCUAUAACUGAAGACAGUUGACCACUGUGGACCAUCAAAAUACUUAGUUGGAAAAAAAAAUUCUUUUAUUCUGAAAUUACUUGAGAUAGCUUUAUUUUGAAACACACUGUGCUUUGAAACAUAAGUAGAAAUGAAUAGGAAAAGUAAUAUAUGGUGUCUAUAAUAGAGAUUUUGACAUAAGAUUAAAUAUUUUUAAGCUCCAUAAUGUGUGAUGGUUGGGAGCUGCCAUGUAGCCACUACUACACUGGUUAGGUCAAGACCUAAAAGUAACCUUUACUUUUAAAAAUGCUACCUUUGCUUCAGUUUUCAAAAUGAUUUUUCAGUUUUUUUAAUUUGCUUCUGAUAUUUCAAAGCACUUUUGUAACUCUGGUUAAAAAGAAAAAAGUAUGAUGUGUGUUCAAAUUAGUGUUAAUUAGGUGAAAAUUCCUUAUACUUAUAUGCUGUGUAACAUGUAACAUGCCUUAAUUACAUUAAUGCCUUAAAUACCACUUUACAUAGGUUAAUAUGGUUUUUUUUAGACGUAAAAUUAAGCAUCAUUUAAGGUGGUUUAAUUGGAUGUUUGUUUUUUGGUUUAAUUGGAUUUUUAACAUUUAUAAAAAUCCAUCGUCACCACAUUACAAUCAAGCAUAAAUUAAUUUCAAAACAGAUUUCAUUGUCUACCUCUGAGAUCUAUUAUAUGAUGGUUUAUUUGAUUUAGCAAUAACAGGCCAAACAUUUUUUUAAAUUAAUCCCUUCUGUUUUUCAGAGGGGGAAUGAUCAAUCUAGAUAUUUUAUCCCACUGAACUAUAGUAGACAACAAACUGGAAAAUGGACAAAAUCUGUAUUGGUAGAUAGUGCCAAUAAGAAGCAUUUGUGUACUGAUUCCAUCACUUAAUUUUUAAAAGUAUGUCUUUUUAACAUUAAUCAGAUGAUUCAUUAAAAGAUAUGGUGGAGUCUGGUUUGUCUGUUUUUGUGCAUAGUAAAGUGUGUAAUUUAAGAUAUACCAUCUUAUUUUGGGGGCAUUAUUUCCUAAUGUUAGUGGUUGAGCUUUUUGACUAGUCAUUUUAUAUUCCAGACUAAUCUUGGUGCAAAGUAGGAUGAAUAUGUUUGAUAAGUGGGGGUUUAUAGUAUCUUCAGAAUUAAAGUUAUAUCAUAAAAAGCCAAACAUUAAAGCCUUUGCAUAUGCUAAAGGGAGGGCCUUAGGCAAUUACCAAAAAGUGUUAACAUUAUGGAAGUUUUUCAGUGACUCUUAAAUUUGAAAUAUUUUUGUUUGAAUGUGUUUUGGGCAUUGAAAAGAAUCUAUAUUUAUGUUCAUUGCUUAUUAAGCCUGCUGAAAAUAAGUUUAUGGGAAGAAAAUAAAGAUCUUAGGGUAAAAGUCCUUUGAAGAACUUUGGUUUACAUCAAAUUGAUGAAAUUACAGGAUCAGUGUAAAACCUUUUUUGUUACUGGUAAUUUGAAGUUGUAGUAGGUCUGAUUCCUAAAGUAUGUAACUUAGGAGGUAUACUGUGUAUGUGCGGAUCAAGAACCACUUCUGUUUUGCAGAAUAUGCUAUUCCUUGAAGGAAUUAUAGUCAUGGCAAUUUUUCUUUUUCUAUACAUUUAAACUAUAUAUAUUUGAAUAAGACUUAAAUUAUAUAAUUACAUAUAGAGUAUGUAUAGAAUUAUAAUUUUUUAUUUUGUCAUUUUAAAAGGAAGAAACUUCUAAGUACUUAAUUGUUCUAAUAUUUUGGCUUUUUUUUUUAAAGGAUGAAAUGGAGAGAGAAGGGGGAGGUGGGGGAGAGAGAAAGAUAGACACCAGCAGACCUGCUUCACCAUCUGUGAAGCAGUCCCCCUGCAGGUCGGGAGCUGGGGGCUGAAACCGGGAUCCUCAUGCCGGUCUGUGUGCUUUGAUUUUUUUUUUUUUAAUUAUCUUUAUUUAUUGGAUAAAGACAGCCAGAAAUUGAGAGGGAAGGGGGAGAUAGAGAAGGAGAGAGACAGACAGAUACCUGCAGCUCUGCUUCACCACUCAUGAAAGCUUUCCCUCUGUAGAUGGGAAGCGGAGGCUUAAUAUUUUGGCUUUUAGAAACCAAUAUUACACAUAAAAACUUCGAGCAAAUGAAGAUCACAUUAUAAAAAUGAUUAAAAUAUGAAGUUACCGUUGUUGUAGCUUUUGUUUUUCUUUUCUUUAUUUUUGUCUAUUAGAGACAAAUCAAGAGUGAAGGGGGUGGUAGGGAGAGUGACAGAGAGAUACUGCUUCACCACUUGCAAAAGCUUUACCCUGCAGGUGGGAACCAGGGGCUUGAACCCGGGUCCUUGUGCAUUCUAACUUGUGCUCAAGCAGGUGUGCCACCACCUGGCCCCUUACUGUGGCAUUUGUGUUAAAACCCUUCUUUGAAUGUCCCAUCAGGCCUUUCAUUAAAUUUCCUUUGAGGUUUAAAUUUUUUGAGAGAUUACAUUUUAUAAAUCUAAAUGCAACAGAACUAGGAAUCAUUGCAUUUAGUUCACUUAAAUAAUUCAGAGCAGAAUUCUUUUUAUUAUUAUUAUUAUUUUAAAGCCUGGGUACAAACGACUGAAGUUUGUUUUGAACUACAAAAAUGCCAAUUUUUUUUUUUCAUCCACCUCCUUAAAAUUAUGGAAUUCAUGUCUUCAGGUGAUCUAUUCAAAUGGAUUAUACAGUCUGCUGGCCACUUUAAGAGUUAUAAAUAAUCAAUAUUAAAUUAAAUCUCUCAGGAUUUUUCCCAGGCCUCUUUUUAAAAAAUAUUUAUUUAUUCCCUUUUGUUGCCCUCAUUGUUUUAUUGUUGUAAUUAUUGUUGUUCUUGUUAUUGAUGUCAUUGUUGAUAGGACAGAGAAAUGGAGAGAGGAGGGGAAGACAAGAGAAGGGGAGACACCUGCAGACCCGCUUCACUGCUUGUGAAGCGACUCCCCUGCAGGUGGGGAGCUGGGGGCUUGAACCGGGAUCCUUAUGCCAGUGCCUGCACUUGCUGCACUACCGCCCGACUCCCCCCCCCCCCCCCCGGCCUCCUCUUUUCCUGGAUUCUACUUGCUAUUCAAUGUCCUGAAGAAUUUUUCAAAUGAAUCACUAUCUUACUAAUUAGUUAUUUUUAAACAUUAAUUUCUAAAAUCACCAACUUGGGAAUAUUAAGGAUAUAAUUAAGAGUUCUGGAGAUAGGAAGCAAGAAACCACUCUCAAGAGUUGACAGGGUACAUACAGGUAGGGUUUUCAGAAGUCUGUAUUUACACAUCUUAUUUUGGAUUACAAAAAUGCUGCUCAGGAAGUGAGUAUUUUUCUCCAAGUAUGUGCACAUUGCACUGUUAGAUUAUAGAAAUAUCUGAAUGCUUUAUUUAAUUCUUUUUAUGUAUGCAAACUUUUGUAUAAUGUAUUUUAUACAAAUGCAAAAUGGAAUUGUAGAUUGUUAGCAUGUAUGUCUGUAAAGUUUUUUAAAACUUCUUCCUCUGCUAUUUUAAAAUAACUGCAAGAUGUAAUAAACUUACUGUUUUAUUCACUCUUAA